CUGUAUGGUGCAGUCUCUUUCAGGGCUUAGAAAAAGCAAAAGAAGUGAAGAGGAGAAAGAAGAGAAAAAGUUAAUAGAUAUAAAGGAUUUUAUUUUAUUUUAUUUUUUAUAUGGGCGAUUCUUUUUUUUUUUAAUGGGUGAUUCUUGAUCUUUGUUUUGUUUGCUUUUUCUUAACCUUCCCUACUAGAUGAUGAGAUAAUGAUGUACCCAACUUCAACAACAUAUAUGCUUAGCACCAAGCUGGAGAGAGAGAGAGGCUCCUCUUUUUAUCCCACAUUCUGAUCAUUGAUUCCAGUUGGGUUGCAGUGUAACCAACUGGUUUCAUCCAAUUUCUUUUCAUGAUGAGCUUUCUUUCAAGAAAGUCUUGAUCUCGGUUCAACUUUCGGCCCUUCAGAGCUUUGUGAGCUUGAUAGAGGAAAAGAGGACCUUCUUUUUCCUCUGUCCUGCUAAUGAUUCCAUCACAGAUUGCCGGAAUAGCAACUGGGUAUGAGCUACUUUGCUUCUUGGAGUGAUUUCCUUUCAUUUGUGCCUUCCAAAACAGGAGGGUUUUGAUGGGUUUCUUCCGUGCUUGCCAGACUGAGGAAAAAGGUACAUGGCAAUGAAUCAGUAUGAGGACAAAGAAAUUGAAGAGAAGAGGGCUCUCUGUGUGUAUCACUUGAUGAUUAGUUGAAGCUUAUUUUGGUGAGGAGUCAAUUGGGUUUCUUUCAACUUCUCAUCUUACUUGGUUCAAUCUUUGGUUGGUCUUCUGACCUGGGUUCUUGAGAUACCAACUGGCCUUGCAAACUAUUUGACCAUCUCGUUCAAUCUAGGUUUGAUUUUUCAGAAUCUUGAAAGCCAGACUUGCUGAGACAACAGCUAGAUUUAUGCAGUUCUAGAUUAUGAUUGAAUCUCUAUAGUGGGUCUUUCUCUUGUCCCCAUUUAAUGACCUUUUCUGCUCUCUCUGGGGUUUUUCUCAACCUUUCUAGGCCAUUCUUGAGGAUUUAUAGGUGGCUUCUAGGUAAGAUGUCUUUGAAUUCGAAGCUUUCUGUCUGCAAUGGGAAGUUAUCUACCAAUUCCAAGCUCAAGAAGGGAAAGGAUCCCUUACAUGGAUCUAGUUGUAUCUGGAGGUGGAGGCGGCAGCUUCUGUUUCUGAGCUUUCUGGGCUUUGUCAUUGGGUUGGUUUUUUACUUUUCUGGUUUGGCCGAUGGGGCGUCAAGGACUAAGGAGCAGACUCUAGCCAAGUGCGAAGACAAAGCUAGGAUUUUGCAAGAACAGUUCAAUGUCAGCAACGAUCAACUUCAUGUUUUGGCUUCUUUAUUUUCUGAAUCAGAUCAGAUAACAUCUCAUAGAUGUACCAAAAUUUUAGGGCAUGAAAUGUUGCCAAGUAAUGUAGCCUGUGCUCUGAAGGUGCUGUGUACAGAGAAGCAGGGGCCUGGAAACCAGUAUGGCAUGGUUGCAGAAAAUGUAGAACUUCAGGACCAAUGCCCUGUGCCAGAUGGGAAUAUACCCAACAAAUUUGCUCUGUCAUGUUCUUAUUCUUUGUCUUCAUCAGUUUCAUCCAUUGGUCAGAACUGUAAAGAGGAUGUACCGAAGACAAGAGUUCAUGGGGAUAGAGCAAGGGAGCCAUGUGAAAGUUUUUAUUUGAGUGUGGUGAAGGCAUGUUGGUGGGCCUUUGUUGGAGUGGUGCUUAGCUGCUUGCUGCAUUGUUUAAAUGGAAAAUUGCAUGGAAACCGAAAAGAGAAAUUGAAGGGGCAUCAGCCCCUCACUCAGCAACAGCAACUGCAGGAGCAGAAGCAGCAACAGCAACAGCAAAACCAGAGUUCUUCAAGAGGUGCUGGGAAGUGGAGGAAGAAACUCCUUUUUAUAUUCGUCUUCACUGGGGUGACUGGGUCCAUUUGGCUAUUUUGGCACUUAAAUAAUGAUAUUGUUUUCCGAAGGAAAGAAACACUUGCUAAUAUGUGUGAUGAGAGAGCACGUAUGCUGCAGGAUCAGUUUAAUGUGAGCAUGAAUCAUGUUCAUGCCUUAGCUAUCCUUGUCUCCACAUUUCACCAUGGGAAACAACCUUCUGCUAUUGAUCAGAAAACAUUUGAAGAAUACACUGAGAGAACAGCAUUUGAGAGGCCACUUACCAGUGGAGUUGCCUAUGCCUUGAGAGUUCUACACUCAGAAAGGGAACUAUUUGAGAAACAGCAAGGCUGGACCAUAAAGAAAAUGGAAACUGAGGAUCAAACUCUAGUCCAGGACUGUAUCCCUGAAAAUUUGGAUCCUUCACCCUAUCAAGAUGAAUAUGCCCCGGUUAUUUUUUCUCAGAAAACUGUCUCCCAUAUUGUGUCUAUUGAUAUGAUGUCUGGAAAGGAAGAUCGUGAGAACAUCUUGCGAGCAAGGGCGUCUGGAAAGGGAGUUCUAACUUCUCCUUUUAAAUUACUGAAAUCUAAUCACCUUGGUGUUGUACUAACUUUUGCUGUAUACAACACUGACCUUCCUCGGGAUGCUAAACCAGAGCAACGCAUUAAUGCUACUGUGGGGUAUCUAGGUGCAUCAUAUGAUGUCCCAUCACUGGUAGAGAAGCUCCUGCAGCAGCUUGCUAGUAAACAGACCAUUGUUGUGAAUGUUUAUGACACAACAAAUAAAACUGCACCCAUCAAUAUGUAUGGAACUGAUAUUAUUGAUACGGGUCUGCUGCAUGUUAGUGGCCUUGAUUUUGGCGAUCCAACUCGGAAACAUGAGAUGCAUUGCAGAUUCAAGCACAAGCCACCUCCCCCUUGGACUGCAAUAACAGCAUCAGUUGGGGUACUUGUUAUCACUUUGCUUCUGGGUCAUAUCUUUCAUGCAGCCAUAAACCAAAUUGCAAAAGUGGAGCGUGAUUUUUGGAAAGUGAUGGAGCUUAAACACCGUGCUGAAGCUGCAGAUAUUGCAAAAUCUCAGUUUCUUGCAACAGUUUCCCAUGAAAUCAGGACUCCAAUGAAUGGCGUUUUAGGAAUGCUGCAAAUGCUAAUGGACACGGAUCUUGAUGCAAACCAAAUGGACUAUGCCCAGACUGCUCAUGCUAGUGGGAAAGAUCUAAUAUCAUUGAUUAAUGAGCUUCUUGAUCAAGCUAAAAUAGAAUCGGGCAGGCUUGAGCUGGAGGCUGUAUUUUUUGAUCUGCGUGCUGUUCUUGAUAAUGUAUUGUCACUUUUCUCAGGCAAAUCUCGUGAAAAAGGGAUUGAGCUGGCUGUUUACGUAUCUGAUCAGGUUCCUGAAUCUGUUGUUGGAGAUCCUGGAAGAUUCCGGCAGAUAAUUACUAAUCUAGUGGGCAAUUCAGUUAAGUUCACUCAGGAUAAAGGGCAUAUAUUUGUCUCAGUACAUCUGGCAGAUGAAGUAAGAUUCCCACUUGAUGUUAGGGAUGAAGUGCUGAAACAGAGCUUAACCCUUGUCCAAGACUGGUCAAAGAACUCUUAUAACACAUUGAGUGGCUUUCCUGUGGUUGAUAGAUGGAAGAGUUGGGAGAACUUUAAAGAAUUCAGUGGCAAGGAUUUGUUGGGGGAAAGUGGAAAGAUCAAAUUAUUAGUAACAGUUGAAGAUACUGGUGUUGGAAUUCCACUGGAAGCACAAGACCGUAUUUUCACGCCUUUUAUGCAGGCUGAUAGUUCCACUUCCCGGAAUUAUGGUGGGACAGGAAUAGGGUUGAGCAUUAGUAAGCCUUUGGUGGACCUUAUGGGUGGAGAGAUUGGAUUUGUGAGUGAACCUGGUAUGGGCAGUACUUUUUCAUUUACAGCAGCUUUCUCCAAGGCAGAAAUGAGUUAUUUGGACGUGAAGUGGCCUCAUUGUGAUCCUGCCGUUUCAGAAUUACAGGGACUGAUGGCCUUGGUGGUUGAUGAUAAAAGCAUUCGAGCUGAGGUCACCAGGUAUCAUCUUCAGAGAUUGGGAAUAUCUACAGAUAUAGCACUCAGUCUGGAUUCUGCAUGCGCUUACCUGUCUAGUAGUUCAAGUGUAUCAUCACAUUUUGCCAUGGUGGUUGUUGACAAAGAUGUUUGGGAGAUGGAUACCACUCUUCAAUUUCAUCAUCUGCUGAAAGAGCUCAGGCCGAAUGACAGAACAAAGAUACCAUAUAGCUCACCUAAGGUAUUUCUAUUGGCGACUACCAAAAGCCAUAUGGAGAGUAGUGAACCAAAAUCAGAUGAUUUAGUGGAUAGGGUACUAAUGAAGCCUCUUAGAUUAAGUGGGCUGAUUUCCUGUUUCCAGCAAGUGCUUGGAGUUGAUAGGAAGAGGCAACCAAAUAGAAGAAAACCAUCAACAAUUGGAAAUUUCCUUAAAAACAAGCGAAUAUUGGUGGUGGAUGACAACAUUGUUAACAGAAGAGUGGCAGAGGGUGCUUUAAGGAAGUAUGGAGCUAUUGUUACUUGUGUAGAUAGUGGAAAGGCUGCUUUAGGAAUGCUUAAACCACCGCACAACUUUGAUGCUUGCUUCAUGGAUCUCCAAAUGCCGGAAAUGGAUGGGUUUCAAGCUACAAAGCAAAUUCGCUGUCUUGAGUCCCUAUUUAAUGAAAGAAUUGAAUCUGGUGAAGCAUCAACUGAGAUGUUUGCAGAUGUCACCCAUUGGCACACGCCAAUAUUAGCAAUGACAGCUGACGUUAUUCGAGCUAGUAAUGAGGAGUGUCUGAAGUGUGGUAUGGAUGAUUACGUGUCUAAACCAUUUGAAGAAGAGCAGCUAUAUGAAGCAGUGGCCAAAUUCUUCGAGUCCGGUUGAUUGAAUGGGAAGGUUACUAAUAUGGUAAUAGCUGCUGACGAUCCAGCAAUCUCUUGUCAGCUGCUUUUGGAUUGAAAGCCAAAAGCAACUCGGGCUCCACCACUGACAUCAUCGCUAUGAGACGUCAUGACAGCCCCUUCCCGUCCACAAUUUUUUCCUCCUUAUAUGGGCGAGGAAUUAACAAGUUCUACUCAGUUUGUCAACUAUUCUAUAUCACACCACCAUUUGCUGAGGAUGCAGGGAGAGGAACUAACGUAUUUUACCCAGUUUGUCGACCAUUCUGUAUCAUGAGACCAUUUACUGAGGAAACAAUAAGAGGGACCAGAGAAGUUCUGUACAUAACCCCUUCGUUCGGUCAAGUUCUCUAUGUGCGUUUCAUUUUGCCACAAUUCUGUAUUCUUCCUCCAAGCAGGGCUAUGCACAAGGCAGUGCAAUGCAUAAAAUACCCAUAUAGUGAAUCCUAGUGAAAUGAAAGCCCCAUCUUCCAUCUUCUUGAGAUUCAAGUGUGAGAACUGCACAAAAGAUGUCACAAGGUCCCGUGAGGCUGGUCGAUGAACUAUUUGUUUCACACGAUUCAGGUACUGUUAUUCUGACAUUUUACUGCCUCAAGUCUGUAUGGACUUGCUUUUAGGGUGGCUGAAGUCAAAUAAGAUACCUAGAAUGGGGUGGCAUUCGCAGAAGGAGAAGAAGAUUGCCUGUACAGAAGAGGUUUCAUAACUUGUUAGUGUCAACACGAUGAGAGUGAUAUAUGUGUUGUAUUGGAAAGUUUUGUUCUUGUUUUUCAGAUCAGUGUUGGCUGUUGAGCUAGUUGCAAGUGAAAGCAAGUUGCCUGUUUGAAUUGCUUUAUUCAUUGUCUCUUGUAAUUCUUCAUGUAUGUUUGGCCAUAGCCCUUGUAUGUGUAUCUAUGGCUUCACUAUAAACAGCACUCCUAACAUUGCUUUUUUCUAGGGCACUCUGAACUGGCUCUUACAGCCAUGGUUGAGGUUUGUAAAAAUGUCCUCUUUAGCGAAUAUAUAUAUAUAUAGAUGCAUCAUUGAACUUA